CAAGCACUCCCUAGUUUCUCUCUGCUACUGGCUGCACAGAAACCACCGUCCCCCUCUCUCUCUACAUUUAAUAUCUCGUCCACAGGGAGAGAGAGAGAGACGCGAUCCAUCGUUUGCCAGUCAUCGACGCUUGAAACUAUCUUCGAUCGUCGCCGGUAAGAAGACGCCGUCGUCCUCAUCGGAAGACUCUCGGCGGAGGAGUUCUUUUUUUUUUCUCGCUGAAGUCUGCGCCUAACUUCCGCUUGCUUGUUCUGGACUUGAUGGAUCAGUAUGAGAAAGUUGAGAAGAUCGGUGAAGGAACUUACGGAGUAGUUUAUAAGGCUCGGGAUAAAGUGACCAAUGAGACAAUAGCUCUGAAAAAGAUCCGCCUGGAGCAGGAGGACGAGGGGGUACCCAGCACUGCGAUAAGAGAAAUUUCACUCCUGAAGGAAAUGCAGCAUGUCAACAUCGUCAAGUUGCAGGAUGUGGUGCAUAGUGAGAAGCGUUUGUAUCUUGUCUUUGAGUAUCUAGACUUAGACCUGAAGAAGCACAUGGACUCGUGUCCCGAUUUCUCAAAAGAUCUACAUAUGAUAAAAACAUAUCUGUAUCAAAUUCUCCGUGGAAUUGCUUACUGUCACUCUCAUAGGGUUCUCCACCGUGAUCUGAAGCCGCAAAAUUUGUUGAUCGAUCGCCGGACAAAUUCGCUUAAACUGGCAGAUUUUGGACUGGCCAGAGCAUUUGGUAUCCCUGUUAAGACAUUUACUCAUGAGGUUGUUACACUCUGGUACCGAGCACCAGAGAUACUGCUUGGAUCUUGUCAUUAUUCUACUCCCGUUGAUAUUUGGUCAGUUGGUUGCAUAUUUGCCGAGAUGGUCAACAAAAAGCCUUUAUUUCCUGGAGACUCUGAGAUCGAUGAGCUAUUCAAGAUUUUCAGAAUCAUGGGGACUCCCAAUGAGGAUACAUGGCGUGGGGUGACUUCACUGCCAGAUUACAAAUCUGCAUUUCCCAAGUGGAAACCAAAGGACUUGACGUCCAUUGUCUCCAAUCUUGAUCCAUCUGGAAUAGAUCUUCUCUCCAAAAUGCUGAGCAUGGAUCCAACCAGAAGAAUCACUGCAAGGAGUGCCCUUGAGCACGACUACUUCAAGGAUCUCGGAUUCGUUCCCUAAGUAAAAUCUUCUUGAGCCCUUCUUCAUUCUGAAUUAUUUCCCGCUCUUAAUCUUUGAUUAAACAGGCAUGGAAAAUAUAUUAGUUUGUAUGUUUGUUGGUCUUUUCGUUUAAAUAUCUGAGCAUAUAUCAGUUUGUUUGGGAUGGCGUAUAAAAAAAACUAUCCACAGUGUGUUUUUCUCUCUCAGAUUUUCACCUUUUGAAAAUUUUGUUGGAACCUACUUCGGCAUGAAAACUAGUGUAUGUAUUCCCCGUAACGAUUUUACAUGUAAUGUUAUUUUGUGUUGUCUUAGUUACUCGGUGAGACAUGGAUUUUAUUUA